AGAAGACGCCCCCUCGCUCAGUGCGUUCUCUCUCACACCGCGCCGCCGCCGCCAUCUCGUCGCCUCGUGUCUCGCCGCCGCGGACCUCGAAACUCGCCAUGGCCGAAGCCGACCGCCCGGGGAAGCUGUUCAUCGGGGGGCUGAGCCCCGAAACCGACGAGAAGGGGCUGGAGAGCACGUUCGGCAAGUACGGCCGCAUCAUCGAGGUGCUCCUCAUGAAAGACCGGGAGACCGGCAAGUCCCGAGGCUUCGCGUUCGUCACCUUCGAGAGCCCCGCGGACGCCAAGGCGGCCGUCCGAGACUUGAACGGCAAGUCGCUGGAUGGUAAGGCCAUCAAGGUGGCCCAGGCCACCAAGCCGGCGUUCGAGAGCGGCCGGCGCGGCGCGCUGCCGUCCCGCAGCCCGGCCCCGCGCCGCGACGCCUACCUGGGCCCGCGGGAGGGCGGCUACUCGCCCCGGGAGAGCUACUCGGGCCGAGACUACGCGGGCGCGCGCGACCCCCGCGACUUCGCCGCCUCGCCGCGAGACUACAGCUACCGCGACUACGGCCACGCCAGCGCCCGCGACGACUGCCCGUCCAGAGGCUACUGCGACCGCGACAGCUACGGGGCGCGCGAGCGCGACUACGGCGACCACCUGAGCGGCGGCUCCUACCGCGACGCCUUCGAGAGCUACGGGGACCCGCGCAGCGCCGCGCCCCCGCGCGGCCCGCAGCCAUCUUACGGCGGAGGCCGCUACGACGAGUACCGCGCCUGGUCGCCCGACUCCUACCGCGACGGCUACGGCAGCGGCAGCGGCAGCGGCGGCCGCGGCGAGCGCUACUCGGGGGGCCGGGAGCGCGGGCUCCCCCCGCCCUUGGAGAGGGGCUACCCGCCCACGCGUGACUCCUAUAGCCGCUCGGGCCGCAGGGUGCCCCCGCGGGGAGGCCGCCUCGGCAGCCGCUCCGAGAGAGGAGGAAUCCGGAGCAGAUACUGAACGGGAGCGGAUUUGGGACCCAAAUGGGCUUUCCAGAAAAGAACCUGUUCGGUGCUAGCUGCAGAGUCCUCGUUCGGAGAAGAGUUGUUUGACAGUUUACGAAAUUCCUGUUAACUUGCUCUCCCUUUUUUAUGCUUUCGGGAGGAACUUAGUUAAAAGUCGUUGAGUUCUUUUUGGAAUUGUUAAACGUUUCUUUCAACAAGCUCAUGUUAAAAGUAUGACUUGAACCUGCGUGCUGUCUCCUGUUUGAAAAUAGAAAUUCUCCUAAAGAUGUCUUUUAAAUUUUUCUGAUAAAAUGAGGCAAAA